AUGGCAGAAGCAGUGGUGUCGACUGCUCUAGAAACCUUGCGCGAUUUGUUGUUGGAAGAAGCAAGGUUUUUAUCUGGUGUGGGCGAUGAAGUGAGGGAGCUCGAGAUCCAGCUCAAAGAGAUGAAGUGUCUCCUCAGAGAUGCUGACAGAAGACGACAUGAAAGCAGCAUGAUUUUGAAUUGGAUCUCAGAGAUCAAAGAUCUUGUAUACAGAGCCGAAGCUGCCAUUGAAAGACACGCAGUUUAUCAAGUGACUUCAAGGAGAAGGCGAGGCCUCACACAGCUCAUCCGCAGAUGUAGUUGUAAUUUGGAAGAAUACAAGUCGAUCCACCAACUAGGCUCCGAGAUUUCACCAAUCAAAUCCCGUCUUGAAAGAAUAAACAAGGAAAUGCAAGACAAUGGCAUAAAGAAGAGCAUCAUCAACAAUACAGAUGAAGGGGAAAGCUCGUUCGCCAACAACAGGGCAAGGAAGAGCUUCCCCGAAUUCGAGAUCGGAGAGUGUUUUGUAGGGAUGAAGGAUGAACUGAAGCAGCUUGCUAAUCUCCUGAGGCAAGAAAACGAGGAGCGAGUUAUUUCAGUGUGGGGAAUGGGCGGAUCAGGCAAGACCACCAUUGCCAAAAAGCUCUACAACGAGAACAAGACUAGCUUUGAUCUUUCCGCGUGGGUUUGCAUUAGUCAGCAACGUCAGAGUUUUCAAUCAGUUUGGAAGGAUGUUCUCAAACAGCUAGAGCCACAAACAAGUGAGGAUCUGAGCGAGUGGGAGUUGAAGGAGCGACUAUGCAAGAUACAACGAGAGAAGCGAUGCCUCAUUGUUGUGGAUGAUCUUUGGAAAACUUCUGAUUGGAAUGAGUUGAAGCAUCCGUUCCUUGUCCAUGAUUUGUUAAGCAAAAUCUUGAUCACCACACGCGAACAGGAAGUUGCCGAGAUUGGAUGCCCAGUAAAAGUUGGGAUUCUAAAAGAGGAGGAUGCUUUGGAUCUACUCAAGAAGAAAGCCUUUCCACAUACCAACAUUCCAGAGUUUGCACCGGAAGAAAAAUUUGAGAAAAUUGAGAAAGAAAUGGUGCAGAAAUGUGGGUAUUUGCCGUUGGCAAUUUCUUUACUCGGUGGGGUCUUGAGAAUGAAAAAUUCGAUCAUGGAGUGGGAGUUAGUAAAUAGGGAUAUCAAAAAACACAUAUAUAGAGACGAAAGUGAGAUUGAUGGAGUGCUAAAUUUAAGCUAUGAAAGUCUACCCUAUUAUUUGAAGCCUUGCUUUCUCUAUAUGGGUAUAUUUGAAGAGGACGAAGAUAUAAAUAUUCGGCGUCUAUAUAGCAUGUGGAUAGCACAAGACAUGAUUUCAUAUGAGAAUAUUGGAGACAAGGACAAAUCUUUGAUUGAAAUCGCGGAGCUCUACUUGGGUGAGUUGGCCUCCAGGUCCAUAGUUGAAAUAAGCGACGACGAUGAUGUCAUGCCUACAAGAAAAUAUAGGAGCUGCAAACUUCAUGAUGUAGUAAGAGAACUAUGUUUGAAAUUAGGGAAAAGGGAGGAUUUUGGUGUGCUAAGUUUGGAGUAUCAAACUGGGAAACUUAGAACCUUACUACGACAAGCUUCCUCGCAUAUGAAAAUACGAAAUUUGGUUAUCCAUUUCAGAAGAGAAGUUGAAGUGGAACCUGGUGAGCUUGGAGAAGAUAGUAGCAAACAUUUAAGGAAGAAAGUUACCGAAAGGAAUCACUAA